AUGAACUGGACUGCCGCCGCGUGCUGGGCUCUGCUGCUAGCGGCCACCUUCCUCUGCGACAGCGGCGCGGCCAAGGGUGGCCGUGGCGGGGCUCGCGGCAGCGCCCGGGGCGGGCUGCGCGGGGGCGCGCGUGGGGCCUCGAGGGUGCGCGUGAGGCCUGCGCCCCGCUACGCCGGCUCCUCGCUGCGCGUGGCCGCGGGCGCGGCGGCGGGGGCAGCGGCGGGGGCAGCCGCGGGCCUGGCGGCGGGCUCGAGCUGGAGGAGGGCCGUGGGGCCCGGGGAGCAUGGCCCGGAGGACGACGAGGACGGCGCACCCGGCGGCAACGGAACGAAGCGAAGCGUCUACAGCUACCGGGCGUGGACUUCGGGCGCGGGGCCCACGGGCGACCCUCACCUGUGCCUGCUGCUGGGCGGCGCCCUAGGCGCCCUGGGGCUGCUGCGGCCCUAG